GUCAGACUUCAUCCUUAUAAAAGCCCAGGCUGCCAUUGGAGAGCCCGUUGGCAAGAGCGAACAGGAGGAAGACGCAGGAGAUAUAUAGGGAAGGCAGUGUCCAUCACUUCAGCCGAUGUAACCAGACAGCUUAUGUUGGAAUCAGUUAUUAUAUAGUAGCAACUUCGUCACAAAAAAGAGGCAGAAGAAGGCGAGAAAAUGGGACAUACUGCAAUACCUAUAUUGAUGGCUGUAUUGUCAUUAUGCGUGCGGAAAAACGUCGAGGCUUUGGCCAUGGCUGAGGUGAACGGGCCAGGCCCCCAGGUGGCAGAGCCACAGAUUGCCAUCUUCUGUGGCCGUCAGCUCCUGCACAUGAACACACAGACUGGCCAGUGGGAACCGGAUCCUCGGGGCCGCCGGGGCUGCUUCAAGGACCCCAGCCAAAUCCAGUCCUACUGUCAGGAGAUGUACCCAGGGCUUUCAAUCUCCCAUAUAGAGGAGUCAAAAAGGCCUGUCACCAUCCCUUCCUGGUGUAAGAAAGGUUGGGGCCACUGCCAGACACACUCCUUCAUAGUGCUUCCCUACCGCUGCCUGGAGGGCGAGUACGUGAGUGAACCCUUGUUGGUGCCCGACCGAUGCCGUUUUCUCCACAAGGAGCAGAUGGAUGUCUGUGAGAGUUACGGGUACUGGCACUACAUUGCUAAGGAGGAUUGCACAACAGACAAUCUGGAGCUCCACAGCUAUGGGUUGUUGUUGCCAUGUGGGAAACAUUACCGGGGCGUUGAAUACGUGUGCUGCCCCGGCCGCGGGAGUUCUAAUGAUAAAGGAGAGACAGAAGAAAGAGACGACCCUGCUGCUCCUCAGACACUUGCAAUCCAGACGAGUGGAAAACUCAACUCUGUAACCAAAGUGACAGCACCCACUCCAAGCCCCUCUCCUGAAACAGAUGUUGAUAUUGCUGAUUUGGAAGUUGAAGAUGAGGAGGUGGUAGAAGACGAGGAGGAGGAGGAGGAGGAGGAAGAACAGGAGGAGGAAAUUGAGGAGGAGGAGGCAGAAGAGGAGGAAGAAGAGGAGGAAAUGGCUGUGAAGGAUCCAGAGGAGUAUGAAUACCCUAUUGACUCAGGUCCCUACCAAACAUCAGACUACUUGGAUUCCUUUUACUAUGAGAAAAGCCAAAAACCCACCACCUCUUCUCCUCUGAUGAAGGGAGACAGCUUGACUACAGCUCGGCCCACAGAUGGUGUCGAUGUUUAUUUUGAGAAGCCAGUAGAUGACACUGAGCAUGCCAACUUCCUUCGUGCCAAAACAGACCUGGAGGAACGCAGGAUGAAGCGCAUCAAUGAGAUCAUGAAGGAAUGGGCAGAGGCAGAUAACCAGUCGAAAAAUCUGCCAAAGUCAGAGCGACAGGACCUGAACGAGCAUUUCCAGUCUGUGCUCCAGACACUGGAGGAGCAAGUUGCUGGAGAGAGACAGAGGCUUGUGGAGACUCAUCUUGCCCGAGUUGAGGCUAUUCUCAACAACAACCGUCGCCUGGCCCUGGAGAACUACCUGACUGCUGUACAGUCCGAGCCCCCUCAGCCAGAGCAUGUGCUGCAGGCAUUGAAGCGCUACAUGGCUGCAGAGCAGAAGGACCGCAGACACACACUGAGGCAUUACCAGCAUAUUGUGGCCGUUGACCCCCAGAAGGCUGAGCAGAUGAAAUUCCAGGUGUACACACAUCUUCAUGUGAUUGAGGAGAGAAUGAACCAGAGUCUUGCUCUGCUGUACAAGGAUCCUACAUUGGCUGAGGAACUGCACAGUGACAUUCAGGAGCUGGUCAGAGCAGAACGAGGUGACAUCAGUGAGCUGAUGACCACCUCCUUCUCUGAGACUCGCACAACUGAGGAGCUUCUGCCUGCUGAGAGCGAAGAGGAGAAGGAUGAUGAAGAGGAAGAGGAGAGAGCCUUCCAGAACAGGCCCUAUCCCCCUCGCACUGAUCUGCAGUCAAAUAAUAAGAAAGAUGAUGAAUAUGAUUACACUACAUCUGAGAGAGGCCCAACUUAUGAAUAUGAGGAAAAGAUCAACACCUCUGCAGAGCUCAAGCAGGCGGUCAAGCCUAAUGAGAUUGCUAGAGAUGAACUGCAGCCUGAUGCUUUGGAGACGUUUAACCGUGGAGCCAUGGUGGGCCUGCUGGUGGUAGCUGUGGCUAUCGCAAUGGUGAUGGUAAUAAGCCUGCUGCUGGUGCGCAGGAAGCCAUACGGCACUAUCAGCCAUGGCAUCGUUGAGCAGGUCGACCCGAUGCUCACACCAGAAGAACGACAGCUCAACAAAAUGCAAAACCAUGGCUACGAAAACCCCACCUACAAAUUCUUUGAGCAGAUGAACUGAAGCACUGGGGCAGCCAGCAAGUCAUGCCUGACCACAUGUUCUGUCCCUCAACUCUUCCUAACAGUGGUAUCCUAGCUGCACUCCCUUUGUUGGAUUUAUGAUAUGUUGCAAAUAUAAAGUAACUGAAUAAGUACGGGGGUACAUCCCAAACCCAUUGUAAAUGACCAACAACAGCAACCUAUCAUCAGAUUUAUCACCUAUUGUAAUCUAAUACUCCUUCGGCUUAGAGUCUGAGGAUUGUUCUUUGCAUUAGCAGUGUCACAACAUUUCAUAAUCCCAAAAACAUUCACCUCAUCCCCGUGGCAUGACUUGACCUACUGCUCCUCAUGAGAAACUGAAUUUGAAUGGUGCAUAAUGCUUUAUAGUAUUUAUUUUCAGUAGUAGUGUCUCUGUUCAAAUUGUACCACAGUUAGAUGUGAUGUUAUCUGUGUAGAUGAGUGUGAGUGACAGUCGAGUUCAAACCUGGCAGAAUUCCCAGUUUAAGUAAAAGUUAAUGAUAAAAAUAUAUGAAACUAAACAUACCUCCAUGGGGAGGCGUUAACUUUGAAUGUGUGAGACAUUAAAGGCUUUGAUUUAAAACACUGAAAUCCUAAAAGGCCACACUAAUCGAUACAGAACUAUGUGCAAGUGGUACAAACAAAGGAGAAAAAAAAGAACACCAAAUAUUUCCUUUAGCUUAUUUAGUCCGUGAAUGAGUUUGUUUUAUUUUUUCUCCUAUCUAAAGAACUGUAAAACCGAAUAAUCAGAAGUCUGUUAUUUUGAUGAAAGCAUGACAACUUGGUGUAUGAUGCUGCUGUAUUAAUUUGUGUUGUUCCCGUCAUUGCUUUUGAAAAGUCGGAAAUGUCACAGUUCAAAAUGGACACUGUAAAUAACGUAAGAAGUACAUACUGCUAGAUGUAGACAUUUCUAUGAUUAAUUUGCAUUGAUGUAAUGGAAUAAUACAUAAAAAUAGUACAUUGUGCUGUUAUGAGAAGGAGAAACAUUUUCCUAACAUGGCUGAUUGAAAACGGACUGUUGUAAAAACCAGCACAAGACAACGACACAGCAACUACUUUCUGAAUGUAUUUAAGGUAGAUGUUGAGACUCCAUCUUCUUUUCAGUACUGCAUCAUUCCCUUAGUAAACCUUAGUAGGAGUAGUUAACUUCAGCACCUCCAACAGACUACAUGCCUGAUGCCCUUCUCAUCACUUUGUGUAGCAACCCGUUCAUCUUCACAUCUUUUUUGGCAGGUUUGAAUUAGAGCGGAGAAGCUGAACGGUUAGAUGUAUCGUACCGCGCAGAGCAGCGGAGUGUAAAGAGGGCACAGCUAUAGUAAUGUGUCAGUGUGUGUCGUAACUCUGAAAAACUGACCCCACGUCAGGCAUCAUAGUCGUACUGUUUAACAUCUUUGAACACAACAGCAUUGAACGUUAGUAUUCUGCAGAUGCUGUAUUCAUAAAAAGCUUUCUCACUGAAUGAUUCAUUGUAGUUUGUCAUAUUUAUGAUCAACAUAGUACAUCAUAUAGGUACAAUAAAAAGGGACUGCCCCCCUCCUUUCUGAUUAAUUGUUAAGUGCUUAGUGUAUCAGUUUGAUUUCAUUUAGCAACAUUAUGUCAGAUUAUCUGGGUUAUAAAGGUCAAGGAUGUUGCUUUUGAUUCAUCAGUCUUUAACUAUAUGCUAUAUUAUACAGAUAAUCAGUUCCAAAAUCAGGUUACACUUUAUUUUUUGUUUUUUUGGUUAUACAUUUACUGUAAAAAGGAAAAAAAAAAAAAAGAAAGUAAGAAAGAAAAGCAGCUUUUGUUCAUUUUAACAAACAUUAGAUUUGUUUGUAAAGUUUGUUCGGAAAUAAGCAGAGUUUCAACUACUGGAUCUAUUCAACCUUCUGUUUCUUGUUGUUAGGUGCAUUCAUUGCAGGUUGCAGUCGUGUUAUGACAGGUGAAGAGAAGUCAUAGCCCCUGUAUAAUUUGUACAGCUACCUUAGUGAAUGAAAACAUUGUAUGUUCACAGUUUAAGUCAGUUGAUCGUGUAAUGAUACUACUGAAACCAUAGAUGAGAAUAAGCUUGCCUGUGUUUCCCAAACCACUGAAGGUUUCCUACCAGCAUUUAGCAGACUUAGAAUGGUGUAUACUGUAGUUACUCAAAUCACAUUUGUACUUAUGUCCUCUGUCAAAUUCUAGACUUCUUUGUUGGUCUCUCCCCCCACCUUACUUCCCAAUGGAAUAUAAACAAUGUUAUUGAAAUUUUAAUUGCUGCAUUAUUGCCUUUUACAAUGCUGUGUUUUGGAUGUAAUUAUUCUGUAUUUUUUAUUUAUAUGUAAUAAUCAUUUGGAUCAAGGGUCGUGCUUCUCGCGUGUAAUUUUAGAAGCCUGUAUAAGGAACACUAACAAGUUUGUAACAUUCGUAAAUGUGAAACACAGACAGACACAUUGCCUCUGCCUAAUUGACAAGGAGUGGCACUAAGCACAAGAUGAACCAAACUGCUCCGUUUGUGUACUGGUUGCUAAAUGUUAGACAUUUAUCCUGUCUGUCUGAAUUCAAUUACACUGCAGAAUCUUAGGGGUGGUGAUAGUAAUAUUCAGAGAGCUGUUCUUCAUUUUCAUUAAGAGUUUUAACCAAAGACAUGCUCCAUAAAUAAUCAGACAGAUCAUUGAAUUUGGCGACAUGUUUUUCUGUGUAACUGUACUGCAAGCAAUCUGACAAAUUGAAACUGGUGACGCUAAUUAAUAGACUAAUAAAAAUGAGUGACCCAUAAAA